AUGCAGCUGCCAUGGGCCGGCCGCGAGGGCCCUGGACAUGACUCCCUUCUACCAAUGUCCAAUAUCCCAUCCAUCACUGGGCUUGUGGGGGAUCUUACCGACUCUGGCGAUGGUGAUCGUCAACAGCGACCAGGUCGCCAUGUCAGAACUACCUCUGCGCAUGCACGAAACGUGGCCGACCAGUUCUCCUACAUGACCCCGAGCGAAGCGGCGGCGAACCUACGAACCUCCCUCACGCAUGGCCUUACACCGACCGAAGCUUUAACUAGACUAGGCGAUUAUGGACCAAACGAGAUUCCGCAUGAUCCUCCCGAACCAUUGUGGUUGCGCUUCGUCAAGCAGUUCCAGGAGCCCCUGAUCCUGCUCCUCCUCGUAUCGGCCGGAACAUCGCUACUCCUGGGUAAUAUGGAUGAUUCCGUCAGCAUCACGGUCGCCGUGACCAUCGUGGUUACCGUAGGCUUUGUGCAGGAAUAUAGAUCCGAGAAAUCUAUUGAGGCUCUCAACCACCUUGUCCCGAACCAUGCGCAUCUCGUUCGUGGUCAGAACAAGGCGCCCCCUGUCGGCAAGACUCCUACUUGGCCUCCACGUCCCGAUGACGGCGAGCCGGCGCCUUCUCCCGGCUCUGUUACCCCCAUUAGCGAUAUACUAGAUGCCACUUCUUCCAAGGUUAUGGCUUCUCAGCUGGUUCCUGGCGAUCUUGUGCUCUUCACCACGGGCGAUCGCAUUCCGGCCGACAUCCGGGUUACCAAGGCUGCGGAUUUGACAAUCGAUGCUUCGAAUCUUACGGGAGAGACAGAGCCUGUAAGGAUUACAGUCGAUGCUCGUCGUCGUGGUCUUGGCUCCUACGCUUUCGACAAGGCACAACAUCCACGACCCGGAUCGCUCGCUCCCGAUGAGCAUGCAGACUCUCACGGAGAUGGAAUUCAUAACAUUGCUUACAUGGGAACUUUGAUCAAGUCUGGACACGGCCAGGGCAUCGUCUUUGCAACUGGAGGACACACGCACUUUGGCACUAUUGCGACCAGUGUGUCUGGUACUGAAAGCCCGCGAUCCCCUCUCCAAUUGACCAUGGAUGAUCUCGGCUCGCAGCUGAGCAAAGCUUCAUUCCUGGUCAUUGGUCUUAUCUCGAUUGUCGGUUGGUUACAGGGAAAGAAGCUCCUUGAAAUUUUCACCAUUUCGAUCUCACUGGCUGUCGCUGCUAUUCCGGAAGGUUUACCCAUUAUUGUCACCGUUACCUUGGCUCUUGGAGUGCACCGUAUGGCUAGGCACAAUGCGAUCGUGCGAAGAAUGCCCAAGGUUGAGACACUAGGCUCUGUUAAUGUCGUCUGCACUGAUAAGACCGGAACUCUAACCACGAACCAUAUGACGACCACUCGAAUGUGGUAUUUUGGAGCCCAGGAGCCGGUUCAAGUUGAUUCUGAUAAUGAGUCUUUGGAUACCAAUCCGGACCUCAACCAAGCUACCCUGCGGGUCCUUCGCAUUGGAAACAUCGCCAAUGAUGCGCGACUUGCCCAGAAGUAUACGGAACACGGUCAAGCAGCCACGGCUGUGCUAUCCUCGACUCUUGGGCGAGAUCAAGUGUCCACCUAUACUCGUUGGGUUGGCCAGCCUACUGAUGUUGCCAUGUUGGAUCUUCUUGACCGCUUUAAGGAACACGACGUUCGAGAAUCUAUUGGCCCUCGAGUGAGCGAGACGCCGUUCAGCUCCGAGCGGAAGUGGAUGGGAGUUACCAUUGGCUCAGAAACAAGGGGCGACAAGGAGUAUGCCUACAUGAAGGGUUCUAUCGAAAAGGUUCUUGCCGCGUGCGACACGUAUCUGGAACAGGAUGGAAGGGAAAUUGUCUUGGACUCAGCUCGUCGUCAAGAAGCUCUCCAGGCCGCUGAAACUAUGGCUGUCCAGGGCCUACGAGUCCUAGCAUUUGCGAGCGGCUCGGUCUCACGACCACUGAGGAACAGGUCAGCACCACGCAACACACCUGGUUUCGACAGGAGCGAGAGCCCUCUCUCUCACAACCCGGAUGAUAUUUAUAAGGGCCUCACAUUUGCUGGCCUGGUUGGCAUGCGUGAUCCUCCCCGACCCGGAGUUGGACGAUCCAUCAGGCGGCUGAUGCGGGGCGGUGUCAAGGUCAUCAUGAUCACUGGUGACGCCGAAACAACAGCCCUUGCCAUCGGUAAGCAGCUUGGUAUGAAUAUUGCGGCUCCCAGCGGCCAUAUGGGUGGCCAGGGUACCGUCAAGUCUGUUCUCCGAGGUGAUGAAGUCGACAGGAUGUCCGAGGCGGAUCUUGCCCAGGCCAUGCAACAUACGACGAUUUUUGCGCGCACGAAUCCCGAUCACAAGCUGAAGAUCAUCAGGGCGCUUCAAUCCAGGGGCGAUAUUGUCGCCAUGACUGGAGACGGAGUGAACGAUGCGCCUGCACUGAAGAAGGCCGAUAUCGGUAUCUCUAUGGGCCGUCACGGAACAGAUGUCGCCAAGGAGGCAGCGGAUAUGAUUCUGACAGACGAUGACUUUUCGACGAUCCUUCGUGCUAUCGAGGAGGGCAAGGGCAUCUUCAAUAACAUCCAGAACUUCUUGACCUUCCAGCUGAGCACGAGCGCCGCCAGUCUGGCUCUUGUGUUUAUCUGCACAUGCUUCGGCUUCAAGUCCCCAUUGAACGCCAUGCAGAUUCUCUGGAUCAACAUUAUCAUGGAUGGACCUCCCGCUCAGUCUCUGGGUGUCGAGAGAGUAGACCCCGACGUCAUGACCAAGCCUCCCCGAAGACGAGGAGACCCUGUUCUUACUCGCGCACUCAUCUCACGCGUACUAACAUCGGCCGCCAUUAUCACCAUCGGAACAAUGCUCAUCUACCGGCGCGAGAUGGUGGCCGAUGGCCAAGUGACGCGACGAGACACGACCAUGACCUUUACUUGCUUCGUUUUCUUCGAUAUGUUCAACGCUCUCAGCUGCCGAUCCGAGUCCAAGUCGGUACUACGGGGCGAGGUUGGACUCUUUUCCAACAACCUGUUCAACUGGGCCGUCUCCCUCAGCAUCGCGGGCCAGUUGCUUGUCAUUUAUUUCCCCUGGCUUCAGGAAACGUUCCAGACGGAAGCCCUCGGGUUCUUCGAUCUUGUACGACUAUUCAUUCUGUGCAGCACGGUGUUCUGGGCAGAUGAGCUACCCAUAUACUCGCCCUGGGCCAAGUUGCGCCAGGAGCUCCACGACCCUUCUCCGCCUCGACCAAAGUCCCAAACCCUUCCAAACGGCCUCUCCCACCGCCCAGACCACGAUCACACCGUCGUCGAAUCCACCACCUUGUCCCUUCAGAAUGUCACGACUGAGUCUGACAUCCGCGAUGCGCUCGCCGCCCUGCACGCCCGCGAGACCUCUAUAACGUCCCGUCUCGAUGCUCUCGUCGCUUCCCAAGCUGACCUCUCCCGCGACCUCGGUCGGCUAGACCUCCUGCGGGCAGGACUCGGUGCGCAGGUCAUCGCCGCACGAUCCAUCGGAAAUGACAUGCUGGCAACUGCGGCGGACACGGCAGGCCGACUGAGUGAUAAAGUCAAGGAGUUGGACCUGGAGAAGAGCCGAGUCGAGGAGACGCUUGGGGUAGUGGAACAAGUUGCAGAGCUCAAGGCAUGCGUCAAUGGCGUGGUGGGUUCCAUGGGUGCCCCCCAGGACUGGGAGGCUGCUGCUGGAUACCUGUCGAGGGCGAGCAAGGUGCCAGAUGAGAUCGUCAAGGGUCCAUUUGCUGUCAGCAUAGUACCCAGCGUCGAGGUGCCCGACCCGCCGUGGGUGACGCUGGAGGAUGCCAAGGAGAGCCUGUGUGGUCUCUUCCUACGAGAGUUCGAGAAGGCGGCAGAGGAGAGCGAUGGAACCAAGGUCACACGGUUCUUCAAGCUCUUCCCACUGAUAGGUCGAGCCGACGUCGGUCUGGAUGUCUAUGGACGAUACGUGUGUCAAGGUGUCGCCGGCACAGCUCGAGCGACGCUCAAAGACGCCAUGGGUAGCCAGCGCAAGGAAGGAUUCUUCUACGCCAACGCCCUGACGAAACUCUUUGAGCACAUUGCGCAGAUUGUCGAAGGCCACGGAGGACUCGUGGAACGUCACUAUGGCUCUGGAAAGAUGAUCCGAGUUAUUGAGCGCCUGCAGAUGGAAGCCGACGUCCAAGGAGGCAUCAUUGUCGACACAUGGAGCGACGAGAGAGGAAUCGACAGGAAACUCACCGAUGUUAGGAGCUAUCCUUUCUCGUUUCUCGUUCAAAGCUUCCUACCUCAGCCACCACGAGGUGGUACGCCGAGGGUGAACUCGCCGGCGAUUGGGGUGGGCAACAACCCUAGAGAGAGCGAGGACGAGGGCGUCAACAUGAAGGAGGUUGACGGCCUAUUAAGUGAAAUUGCCGUGAUGCUUGGCCGGUGGUCAUUAUACACCAGGUUUCUUGCUGGCAAAUGCAAGGACCCAAACACAGCAGACGACGCGCCGCUUGUCAUACCUGAUGUUUUGAUCAAGUCGAAUCUGUAUCGAAAAGUGUCGACAAAGCUCACGUCGCCAUACAACGUCAUGACUACCUUUUUCUUCCGGCGAUCCGUGGAAAAGGCAUUUCAACUGGAUGAAUACCCUACCGGCCUGUCGUUGAGUCUGAACAGGCACAUUGACAGCAACGCUCCCUAUAUCAUCUUGGCGGUCGACGAUGUCAUGUACAUCGUAAACGCUGUUAUCCAGAAAUCCAUCUCCACAUCACAAAGAGACGUCAUCGCCUCGGUGAUACCAACUAUCGGGCGAGUCCUCAGCUCCGACUUUGUUGGCAUGAUCCAGCGCAAGAUGCGGGAUGAAUCUUACCCCAAGCCAGUGGUCCAAGGAGGAUUCCCACCUGAGGAGAAGAUUAUUCACUUUAUUGUUCUCAUCAACAGCCUGGACAUGGCCAACGAGUAUCUUACGCGUAUCAUCACGGGCCGGAUAGGCGAUUCUGGUCAAAUACCGAAUGGCGAUGUCCAGAGCGGGCCACUCAAGGACUCAUUCCCCUUCGAGAGGGAUGUCACAUUCGUCGCUAAUGCCCUGCACACACUUCAAACAUCUUUCAUCGGGAAGACGACCGAGCUUCUUAACGAGGGCAUCCAAGUGCUCUUCAACCAGGUUGUCAAGCCCAGGUUACGCCCUGUGUUGACUGAUACAUUCCGUGACGCGGACUACACGCUUUCCGAAGACGACCUGGCCGAAAUCGCCCAGCAGAACGAUGAGGACGAGGACGAGCUCAUCGAACAAGUGCCACGGCGCUUUGAACAUGGCUGGGAUCAGCUCAUGAAGCCUAUUGCAAGACUGAUGACACCUGGAACAUACAGCCAGCUCCUGGACAUCACAGCACGUUACCUAUCAAAGAUAUGGGAGAAGAAGGUGCUCGGAUACGCAGGACGUACCAACGCCCUGGGUGCGAUUCGCAUUGAGCGCGACUUUAUCGCCUUGGUAGAUGUUGUUUCUAGAGGGGACUAUGCUGUGAGAGAGGUGUUUUCCAAGGUACUGCAGCUUCUCAUGGUCGCAAAUAUGGAAGAUGAGGAGUGGGAUGAGAUUAUGGCGCAAGAUGGAGAGGACGAUGGCAUCGACUGGGUUCUGACUGACGAGGAGAGGAGGAGGGCGAGAAGCUUGGUCAGGGGCUGA